AUGACAAGCAACAAUUGGCAACACAGACUACUACUCUCGGCACUGCUUUGCUGCCUGCUGCUAACAGUAACAACAGGGUUUUCCGUCCCACAACAACAACAAUAUGCCGCACAAUCGACUCGUAGAAGAACUGGCGCCUCGUUGCCAGAAUCCUUUCGCUUGGAAGAGACAGCAGAACGAGAACCACUGACUCAGACCAAUGGUGAUUUGCCUCCCGUUAUCCAACAAAUUGUCGAUGAGCGUCAAGAGUUUAACAUGAAUUUGGGAAAAGCCAUGGACACACUGCGAAAGGAUAUGCCCGAAAUUCUCAAGUCUGCGCCAGAUUACUCGAUUUAUCACCCCGAGAUCCAAGUGAUUGAUCCCUCUGGAGUUCGACUGACUGGACUCGACAACUACAAAAGCUCGAUUGCCUUUUUCCAAACAUUCAUCAAGUUUUGGUUCACUUCUUCCUCUCGGCUGCAAUAUCGAAUGGUCUACGAUUUCUGCCGAUCCACCAUUCGAGUAUCAUGGAAUGUCGUCCUGAUACCCAAGGUACCUCUGGGUCCCAAAGCGAUAUUUCUGGAUGGAAUCUCCCACUACAAGCUAGACGCAACUUCCGGCAAAGUGAUCGAACACAAGAUUGAGAGUCUUGUCAUGAACGAUACUCCCAUUGCUCCACCAUAUGGCAUCUUUUCACUGACGCAGCAGCAAUCACUGGGUGGUGGUGUUCCUGUGGGUGUUGGAGUGGGUGCCAUCUAG